UUUGAGACCACGUCGUCGCCCUGCUUGUAACGCCACCCACAUGAAGCGCCGCGCGCAGCCCAACACGCUUGCUACAUCUUUCAAGGCGGGGACACCGACAUCCCCCAAGCAUGAUGCGUCUUCUCCGCUGUCGCAUAAGAAGGACGCCAAUGGUGGAGUUCCUGUCGGCGAGGACAUUGCGAAACCGAAUCUGUCGGUCAUCAAGCGCGUCGUGGCAGGCUUCUCCAUGAUCGCGCUGUUUGGUCUCAUCAUCUAUGGAGGGCAUUUGUACGUGACGUUGCUCGUCGUCGUGUUGCAGACGCUCAUCUUCCGAGAACUUGUCAACGUGCGGUACCGCGCCGCGGCGGAGAAGAACAUUCCGUGGUUCCGAAGCAUCCAAUGGUGCUGGUUUGGGGUGGCGUUGCUGUACAACUACGGCGACUCGUUCCAGACGUUCCUUCGAUCGAACCACAACCAACUGGACUUUCCCUGGCUGCGCAUGUACCUGCAGUACCACACAUGGGUCAGCUUUAGCCUGUACGCGACCCUAUUUGUGUUUUCCGUGCUCAGCUUGAAAAAAGGGUAUUACAAGUACCAGAUGGGCCAGCUGACGUGGACAAUUGUGACGCUGUGCCUGAUUGUAUUUCAGAUGCGAUUUGUGCUCGACAGCAUCUGCAAAGGCCUCGUCUGGCUCUUCUUUCCAGCUUCGCUCGUCGUAUGCAACGACUGUUUUGCCUACUUUUGCGGCAAACUUGUCGGCAGACGGGUCUUUACCACGCCAUUUCUAAAGCUCAGCCCCAACAAGACAUGGGAAGGGUUUCUAGGCGCAUUCGUGUGUACGCUAGUGUUUGCGUUCUGGAGCAGUGCGCUCUUGGCCCAGUCUCCGUGGAUGAUAUGUCCUUUGGAGUCUAUCGAGCUGAUCCCCCAGCCAUUGACGUGCACACCGCAUCCAGUCUUUGUCCAGACAUGGUAUGCGUUGCCCCACUUCGUCACGUCAGUGCUUCCCAUCUCCAAAGUGUACUUAUACCCCAUCCAAGUACGUGUUUUUUUGAACGAUAAAUAUAUUUCAUCUAUUAUAUAUAUAUAUAUAUAUAUAUAUGGUUAUGAGUAGCUCCAUGCACUGGUAUUUGCAUGCUUUACAUCGGUGAUCUCGCCGUUUGGCGGGUUUUACGCUUCGGCCAUCAAACGCGCGUACAAGCUCAAGGAUUUUGAUUCCGUAAUCCCGGGCCACGGGGGAUUUAUGGACCGAAUGGACUGCCAGUUCAUCACGUCCCUGUUUACGACUGUGUACUGUACGACCUUUAUCUGGUCAUACCAGUCGAAUGUGCAGUCUAUUGUGCAGAGUGUUUUGCAGCUGCCGUUAGACCAGCAGCACCAAGUGCUGGAUCAGCUCCAAGCCCUCCUCGUGCUCCCCGUGAAUAGAUCUGGCGGCCCCGCGACUUAAUUCCGCACAAAAUCGUAGUUAGUAGUAGAGUCAACGAUUAAAACUAUGAAUAUUAGUGGUUACACAACUGCUCGUAGCAGU